AUGAGGAAACAUUGCAUAAAGUGGUUUGGCGUGCUGCUGAUUAUAAAGCUCCUGAUCAUGAUCAAUGCCAAGGAACAACAGGCAGAGGAACAUAGAAUUCAACGACGCUUUAUGUGGGAACAGAUGAACAACUCAUUAAUGGGCGGAUUUAUGGGACGAAUGUUUAACAAUGCCCGUGCCAUGCUUGGCGAGCGUUUUAUGCCAAGUACAGUGGGCUAUGCGAAAACUAUGCUUGAUUUUAUGCCCACGGAAACAACACGAGUGAAAUAUGUUAUUAGAAAUCCGCAUACGAAUAAGCCUAUGAAAGUUAUCAAGAUGAGAUCACCUAAAAAAGUGGUCAAAUUGCGUAUGAUUUCUAAGCCAGCGGCAACAGAGUCAAUUCCAUUGACGUAUGAGCAACGUAUACGCCAAUUGGAAAAGGAACAGGAAAUGAUUGUUGAGGGUAAAUUGCCAGCGACUAGCGAUGAGGCAAUUAUGGAUAAAUAUUUUAAGAAAAAGGGUAAGUCUGGUACCAAUAAUGACAUUGUCACUGGCAAGAUAAUGGAAUAUCAGACUUGGAAACCUGUUUAUAAGCCUGGUGAAAAGCCAACAUCAUUUGUCACAGUCCGCCCUCAAGCAUUGUCGUAUUUGCAUACGGAUAUCUCGAGCAACGAUCAUGAAUUGUUGCCCAAGCCAGAGAAAUUAAUGGGGCAUCAUGAGUAUGUGAAAGAAGAUGAUGAUGAAGAUGUGCUAGACGGGGAUCAGGUUGAGAAUGAAUUGGCCAAACAAAUGGGCCACCGUUAUGAGGUAACCGAACACACGGGUGAAGAAAGUGGUGAAAUACAUUCGGUUUCAUCAAUGGAAAGUGGUUUUAUACCCAUGGAUGGCUAUCGCAGCACUCACACGGUAACUACAUCGAAUUCUCCGACAAGUUCUCGCUCGACUUCAAGAAGUAGAGGUCGACAAUCGACAGGCACCACCAGCACCACCACAACAGAGGCGCCCAAUUAUCCGCCAGCGUUUUUGAAAAAAUAUCGCGAAAGAGAAGCUGCAGCAAAUAAAUCAAAUAAAAAAUCACCACACAAAUAUAGCAAAGAGGUGGUCAUUGAAGAAGAAUUGGUAAGUACCCAACAGACGCCCAGCUUUGCCAUGAGUAGCCUGCGAGCUCGACUCCAGGACCAGCAGCGGCGACAAAAGCAACAGCAGAAGGAACAGCUCGAGGAAGAGGAACUGGAGGCAGCUCUAAUGGAUGCCAUGCAGGGUGAGAAAUGGCCAACGGAAGUACAACAUAGUAGUUAUCAAUUGGCCAGCCCCAUUGGACCAAGUGCUGUGGCAUUUGAGCAAUCAUUUGGUGGCAAGACAUCAGCAUCAACGAUCAAAUCCGAAUAUAAGAGACCACAACGUGGAAGUAUUCGACAAAGGGGUACCGUGAAAUUUAGUGAUAAGCCCAAUUAUGAUGAUCUUUCAUAG